AUGAACUCCCAACAAAAAAGGAGGAGCAUCCAAGGACAAGAACGAAUAAGAGAAAGAAGACAGCAGCACGUAAGAGUAAGAUUAAUCCGAAAAAACGUCGCUAGAGCCUUGCAGGCUGGAAGGGUUGAAGAUGGUGAAAUGAAGAGGACUUUUAAUAUGGGAAUUGGGAUGGUUUUGGUUGUUAGUAAAGAGGCUGCUGAAAGGGUGGUUAAGGAAGAAGGUGAGAUGGUGUAUCUUAUUGGUGAAGUGUAG